CGGUGAGGGUAGAGCGCACGGGCAGGGCCGGGCCGCGAGCGCCCUCCUUGCAGCGACUGGCGGGCCUGCGAGGGGGCGGGGUUUCCGGCGGCAGUGCACUCGGGCAUCGACUGACGCAGAGUGGACGAACGUCACGUGACACGGAAGUGACUCCGAACAGGAAGAGGACGAGAAAAAUAACCGUCCGCGACGCCGAGUGGAAGCGGAUUCAGAGCCACCAUGAACAGCAAAGGUCAAUAUCCAACACAGCCUACCUACCCUGUGCAACCUCCUGGGAAUCCAGUAUAUCCUCAGACCUUACAUCUUCCUCAGGCUCCACCCUAUACCGAUGCUCCACCCGCAUACUCAGAGCUCUAUCGUCCAAGCUUUGUUCACCCAGGGGCUGCCACAGUCCCCACCAUGUCAGCUGCAUUUCCUGGCGCCUCAUUGUAUCUGCCUAUGGCCCAGUCUGUGGCUGUUGGGCCUUUAGGCUCCACAAUCCCCAUGGCUUAUUAUCCAGUUGGUCCCAUCUAUCCACCUGCCUCCACCUCCUGGAUGUCCUCCCAACGCUGCUCAGCUUGCAGUCAUGCAAGGAGCCAACGUCCUUGUAACUCAGCGCAAGGGAAACUUCUUCAUGGGUGGCUCAGAUGGUGGCUACACCAUUUGGUGAGAAACCAUGGCCACUCCUGUGCCGGGGAAGACAUCACAUACCUUCAGCACUUCUCACAAUGUAACUGCUUUAGUCAUAUUAACCUGAAGUUGCAGUUUAGACACAUGUUUUUGGGGUGUCUUUCUGGUGUCCAAACUUUGAGGCACUUUUCAAAUUUAAUAAGGAACCAUGUAAGGGUAGCAGUCCCUUCCUAAAGCAUUCUGAGGUAGGGAGGUAGCCAUUCUUCAAAUGAAUGCGAGUGAAGCAGCCCCAAGGCCCUUCCUUAAUUCCUCUGGAGUGAUGCUGUGCCAUGCUGGUCUUUGCUUCUAGUAAUAAAACAUCAAAUUAGGUCUGGAGGGAACUUUGAUCUUCCUAAGAAUUAAAGUUGCCAAAUUAUUCUGAUUGGUCUUUAAUCUCCUUAAGUCUUUGAUUUAUCUUACUUGUUAAAUGAAACUCAUUAGCUGUCCUCCUUUUCCUUCCCAUCCUCUGCCCAGCCUGUCUGCCUGUCCCUCCUCCUCCCCCCCUCCCAUCGAUGUCCUUGGAAUCAGUGGUGCAGGAUGGAAAGCCAGUCAGACUCAGCCCCUUGUCUCCCUGCGCCUGUCCCACUUGACAUUUUUAAACUCAUCUUUCAUAAGGAUCCUCUGAAGCCCCGUGUGUUCCGAGCACAGGCUCCAUUUCUUCGGGUUUUGUAUAUCUCCAGACAAGGUGAAGGGUACCUCUUGGACCCGCCAUAAACCAUCUCUGCAUCACCAUGAGCCCAGACUAGCUGUGGUGCCAGAAACCUGAACUUAAACUACAGUUUUCAGUGCAAACUGUCCUAGGAAAAUUUUAAAAUGACAGGCAGGGAAGAAGAUGCAUAUCAAAAGCUUGGCUUUAAAGCCUGAUUAAGGGAGUUUUAGAUCAAAAGCUAGCUAUCACUUCCUGAGUGUCUCCUGCAGCCACUCAGGCGUUUCCUGAGGUGGGUUAGUAGGGUCACGUGAAUGCCUCACUAUGACAUGACUUAAGUCCAGUGAGAUCUCAUUAGGAUUAAUAUUUCAGGGAUCCUUAAUAUUUUAAUUUGUUUUCUGAGAUUGGAUUUUAUUUUAUUUUAUCUGAUAUUUCAGUUCAUCUAAAUCUUGUGUUCUGUACAUGUGAUGUUUGACUGUACCAUCGACUGUUAUGGAAGUUCAGCGUUGUAUGUCUCUCUACACUGUGGUGCACUUAACUUGUGGAUUUUUUAUACUAAAAAUGUAGAAUAAAGACUAUUUUGAAGAUUUGAAUAAAGUGAUGAAGUUGCAUUACACCUCA